AUGUGGGAUAGGAAGUUCGUCAUACGCAACGCGGACAUGCCCGACGAAAUGCAACAAGAUGCAAUCGAUUGCGCCAACCAAGCUCUCGAGCGAUACAACGUAGAAAAGGACAUAGCGGCGCACAUAAAGAAAGAGUUCGACAGGAAGCACAAUCCUACGUGGCAUUGCGUUGUGGGACGGAACUUCGGCUCCUACGUGACUCAUGAGACUCACAAUUUCAUUUACUUUUACAUUGGACAGGUUGCGGUUCUGUUAUUUAAGUCGGGAUGA